AUGUUGGAUAUCAAUCUAUUUCGAGAAGAAAAGGGGAACGAUCCGGAGAUCAUCCGGGAAUCUCAGCGCAUGAGAUUUGCCAGCGUUGAAGUCGUUGAUGAGAUCAUUAAUCUCGACAAACAAUGGCGUCAGCGACAAUAUGAAGUAGAUUGUUUGAGAAAAGAGGAGAACAAGCUGAAGAAUCAAGUGGGCAAGCUCAAAUUGUCUGGUGCCGAUGCGACUGAGCCGAUUCAGCAAAGAGAGAAAAUCAAACAAGAGCGUAGCGAUAAAGAGGCGGAAGUUGCUGAGGCUAGUGAUGCUAUAAAAGCCAAAAUGAACACUGUGGGAAAUCUCGUACAUGACUCGGUUCCGAUUGAUAAUGAUGAGGCAAAUAAUCUCUUGGUCAAACAUUAUGGUGAAACGAGGGUUGCUUUACUUGGUGAGGAGCUGAAAAACCAUGUAGAUCUCGUUCAUCUUCUCGGUUUUGUGGAUACCAAGAGAGGUGCUAAAGUUUUCGGAGCAAGAGGCUAUUACCUAGAAGGAGCUGGCUCGGCCCUUAAGCGAGCUCUUAUGAGCUUUGGGCUAGACUUCUUAGCAGAGAGAGGAUUCAAAGAAAUGAAUCCUCGUUCUACCAUGAGGAAGGAUGUCAUGGCCAAGUGCGCACAAUUGUCACAGUUUGAUGAAGAACUCUACAAGGUGAGUGGUGAAGGAGAUGACAAAUACCUUAUUGCAACCGCUGAGCAACCUCUUUGUGCAUACCAUAAAGAUGAAUGGAUCCAACCGAGCAAGCUUCCCAAAAGAUAUGCCGGUCACUCGACCUGCUUUAGGAAAGAAGCUGGUUCCCAUGGAAGAGAUACACUUGGCAUUUUCCGUGUUCACGAGUUUGGCAAAGUUGAACAGUUUUGCGACACGAGUCCAGAAGAUUCUUGGGCAAUGUUCGAUGAGAUGAUCAAGAACGCGGAAGAUUUCUACCAAGCGCUUAAACUUCCAUACCGAGUCGUGUCGGUUGUGUCUGGAGCUUUGAACGAUGCAGCUGCGAAGAAGUACGACUUGGAAGCAUGGUUUCCUGCGUCAGGGACUUACAGAGAGCUCGUGUCCUGUUCCAACUGUACAGACUAUCAGGCUCGAAGGCUUGAGAUUAGAUACGGACAUAAAAAGGACAAUGACAAGACAAAGCAGUAUGUGCAUAUGCUGAAUUCGACUCUUGUCGCGGCAGAGAGGACCAUUUGCUGCAUUGUCGAGAACUACCAGCGAGAGGAUGGUCUCGACAUCCCUGAGGUUCUACAAUCUUACAUGGGCGGAAAGACAUUUUUGCCUUGGUGCCAAGAAGUCCAAGAUUAA